UCCAGAACUGAUUUUUUUGUGUAUGGCUCCAAAUCCAACUCCAGCCUUCUUUCUCUCAAUCCUCUCGUUUCUAAAGGUAAGGUAAAACGCCACGUCCUCCUUCACGCACCACUAAAACUAGCAGUCCAAGUGAGCAGCAAGGACCUUCGUCUUCCCUUCCAGAACCAUUAUUCUUUUGGUGGGACCUCAGAUACCAAUGGCUUUCAUCUAGACUAUAAAUAAAGGAAGAUGAAAGUUGAGUAAGAUCUGGAGUUUCUGUGCAUCUUCUUGUUCCUGCAAAACUUUAUAUAUAAAUAAGAGAAAGAAUGGGAUUAACGGCUUUCCCUCUGUCUUCUUCACAAAGUUAUUAUCCAUCAUUUGGAGCGGCUCUGCAAAACACUUCCUCAGCUAGGUUCCACAAAAGCUAUAACCCAAGAAGAAUUUGUGCUAAUUUAGAUGAGAAUGAUACGGAGGGAGAGACCAAAAAGAGUAAACAAUCUCUCUUCACGAGUUUAACUGAUGCUCUUGACUUCUCUCAAGUUAGAUCUGCCCAGGAUGCCCAACUCUUGGAAGAGGCUAGAGAAGUCACCUCGUCUGGAGAAAAGAUGACAAGGGAGGAGUAUGCUGCUCUCCGACGGAAGAUUGGUGGGACUUACAAGGAUUUCUUCAAAUCCUAUGUUGAUGUGGAUGGGGAAUACAUUGAAGAAGGUUGGGUUGACAAAACAUGCAAGGUCUGCAAGAAAGACACCAAAGGUGAGGCAAGGCAAGUAGACAAGUUUGGCAGAUAUGUUCAUGUCGCAUGUUUAGAGAAAUCCAGAUCCGGCAACUUCUUUACAAGACUUUUCUCAAGAUAGCAAAUCUCAUCAUUUCUCCUUUUUCAUAUAAUUUGUACUUUUAAUUACUGAUACUAUCGCCAAAGGCAAUAUGAGAUAUCAUGUCCAACUUUGGCCCUGGCAAAUAUGCUGUGUUCAGACUUCAGACCAUCCUUCCCCUGUUCCCCCGAUAACUUCUAUAUGCUCUCCUGUAUGGAAAAUCAGGAUACAAAAUUCUUUUAUACUAGUUCAGCAACACUAUGCAGCAGUAAAUCUGGUUUUCUUGUA